AUGGUUCGAUCCUGUUGUUUUCCUUGUAAGAGGAGUGAUAAGGGUGAGCUUGUGAUGCAGGUUCAGUGGGCAGUAACGGUGACAGGUUAUUCAAGGAAGAAUAGCUGGCUUUGCAUUACUUGGAGAAGAAGGAUUGUGCUAAGCAAGGAAGGCGUAGGACCUGUUAAACAUGUCAAGUUUACGAAAGGAUCUGUUUCCUGCAUUAUGGUACGCGGCAGAGGCGUUGGUCGUGGGGGUCGUGGUGGUAGGCGGUUUCCGGCUGAGGAGGUCUAUGAUCAUAGGGGGACGCACAAGAUGAGUGGGGGGUUACAUGCUGAAGUUUUCAUUGAUUGGCUGAAUGAAAUCGAGCGUAUCUUUGAGUUUAAGGAGGUACCAGAAGAGGCAAAGUUUAAGCUGGUAGCCAUGAAAUUGAAGGGUCGUGCCUCCGCAUGGUGGGAACAAUUGAAAAGAACUCGUGAGAGACAGCGUAAACCAAGAAUUGUUGAUUGGGAAAAGAUGAAGUGUAAACUUAGAGAAAAUUUUCUUCCUCUUGGGUAUGCAGAAUCAUUGUUUCAGAGACUUCAGAAUCUAAAACAAAGCACACGCCAGGUAGAUGACUAUACAGAGGAAUUCUACCAACUAGUGGCAAGGAACGAUAUGAACGAAUCCGACGAGCAAUUAGUUACAAGAUAUAUUGGGGGACUACGAUUAGAAAUACAAGAUGCCUUAAGCCUCUAUACCAUAUGCACAGUUUUUGAGGCUUACCAACGUGCAUUAACAGUGGAGAAACAAUUAAGUCGGACCAUAUCCAGGCAGGCGAGCUGCGGUGUUGAUCAUAAUGCAUCCAACUCAAGGUCAGGGCCCAGCCGCGGUACUGAACAGGCAGUCCCAGUUCCACAAGUCCACCCACAGAAUGCCGCAAGUUUACCUCAAGUUGCAGGUACUGGAUUUAAGUGUUUUAAGUGUGGUGAACCAGGACAUAAGUCUAGUGAUUGUCGUAAAGCUACCAGUUGUGUCGGAAAGAAUUUGUUAGUCGAAGGAGAGUAUGACGAUUCAGAGAAUUAUAAUCUUGAGGGUCCAAUUUUUGAUGAAGAAAAUCUUGAAACUGAAAUUAUUGAUGGUGAUGGUCACGUGAAUUUGGUUAUCAGAAAAAGUCUUCUCAUACCAAAAGAAUCCAAUGGAGAGGACUGGUUACGCACUAACAUCUUUCAGACCACAUGUACUGUGGGUGAAAAGGUGUGCAAACUAAUAAUCGAUUGCGGAAGUUGUGAGAAUGUAGUGUCGGAGGAAGCAACUUCUAAACUCCAGUUACAAACAGUUCAACACCCGAAGCCAUAUAAGCUUUCUUGGUUGAAAAAGGGGACAAAUAUUAUGGUGGAUCGAAAGUGUUUGGUCUCCUUUUCAAUUGGGAAAAAAUAUUUUGAUAAGGCCUGGUGUGAUGUGAUACCCAUGGAUGCUUGUCACCUACUAUUGGGUAGGCCCUGGCAAUAUGAUAGUGGAGCAGUACAUGACGGGAAAAAAAAUACUUAUACCUUGAAAAAUAAGGGUAAAGUGUUUGUCUUGAAACCAAGAAAAGAAAAAGAACAACUCAAUUUGCUAAAUCUAUCAUUAUUUUUAAGAGCUGCCAAAGAGCAAGGUGUGAUUUAUGCUUUAUGGCCUUGUGAGAGAGAGGCCACGGACAGUUCUAAAGUUCCUGCUGAAGUACAAGAAAUAAUUGAUAAAUUCUCAUACUUGAUGCCCAAAGAUCUUCCUCCAGGAUUACCUCCAAUGCACGAUUUUCAACAUCAUAUUGAUUUAAUACCUGGGGCGGUAUUACCAAACAAGCCGACUUAUAGGCUUAGUCCUAAGGAGUAUGAAGAAUUGAGGAGGCAGGUGGAGGAAUUGUUGGACCGUGGAUAUAUACGUGACAGCAUGAGUCCUUGCGCUGUUCUUGCAUUAUUGACAACAAAGAAAGAUGGAUCUUGGCGCUCUCGGGUAUUUUCUAAACUUGAUCUUAGAAGUGGGUAUCAUCAAAUACGCAUUAGACCGGGGGACGAAUGGAAAACUGCUUUCAAAACUCAGGACGGCUUGUAUGAAUGUUUCUUUAUGACUAAUUCAGUCACGUUCUUGGGCUUUAUUGUAUCUGAUCAAGGAGUGUGUGCAGACCCAUCCAAGGUGCAAGCUAUUCUUGAUUGGCCAACCCCAAAUAGUCUUCAUAAUAUUCGAAGUUUUCAUGGCUUGGCCUCCUUUUACAGGAGAUUUGUGCAGAAUUUUAGCACUCUGAUAGCACCAAUAAUUGAGUGCCUAAGAGGAAAGGUGUUUCAAUGGACCGAUGAGGCUGAUCAGAGCUUUCGACUGGUGAAGAGAAAAAUUGCAGCAACUCCAGUAUUAACUCUUCCUAACUUUGAGAAGAUUUUUGAAGUUCAUUGUGAUGCCUCUGGAGUAGGAAUUGGGGGUGUGCUCAAUCAAGAGGGACAUCCUGUUGCUUUUUAUAGUGCUAAGCUCUCUAGUGCUUAG